AUGGCCAUGAACUGGCGAAAUCGUGUGAACAUGUUAUCCCUCGGGAUCGUGUUGCUUGCCGUUACGACAAACGGAGUCCGCGUUCAGCAACACACAUCGAGAAGAUUCAAAGAUGAAGGCUUCACUCGAGAUCAGACGCCGUCCUCUUCCUGGUGGAACUCACACCUGUCGGAGCCGCCAAACAAGAACUUCUUCCAGGCGACUCACGGUCUGCUACAGACGCACCCGUCGGUGUCGCUGAAACCGUCGGCCCUGCCACUAACGUCGGGAUCUCGGGCCCCGGUUGUCGCCUCGGCCGGACCCGGAGCCCUCAAUAGUGGGUUUCCGUCCAUUGCCAAUCCCAACCCGCGGUCACCGUUUCGCCAUCUUGACUUCAGCACCAGCGCGACGGCGGAACUCCGCCGGAAUCCCAGUCUUUCGGCCCCGGACGAGUGUGCGCGGGCGUGCCGCGAGGGCGAACCGCCAAGGAUUUGCUACUACCACUUCACCGUGGAGUACUACACCGUACUUGGAGCGGCCUGCCAGGUUUGCACACCGAACGCUACCAACACCGUCUGGAGCCACUGUCAGUGCGUUCUGGCCGAUGGUGUCGAGAGGGGCAUCCUCACCGUGAACCGCAUGAUCCCCGGACCGAGCAUACAGGUGUGCGAGAACGAUCGCGUCGUAAUCGACGUCGAGAACCACAUGGAGGGUAUGGAGCUGACGAUCCACUGGCACGGUAUCUGGCAGCGGGGCACGCAGUACUAUGACGGCGUACCGUUCGUUACCCAGUGCCCUAUUCAGCAGGGCAACACCUUCCGUUAUCAAUGGACCGGAAAUGCAGGAACACACUUCUGGCACGCCCACACCGGGUUGCAGAAGCUGGACGGUCUGUACGGUAGCAUUGUGGUCCGACAGCCACCAUCGCGCGAUCCCAACUCGCACCUCUACGAUUUUGAUCUGACCACGCACAUCAUGCUGGUGAGUGACUGGCUGCACGAGGACGCUGCCGAGCGUUACCCAGGACGGCUGGCCGUCAACACCGGCCAGGAUCCCGAAUCGCUGCUCAUCAACGGUAAAGGACAGUUCCGUGACCCAAACACUGGCUUCAUGACCAACACGCCGCUCGAGAUCUUUACCAUCACCCCCGGCCGGCGCUAUCGGUUCCGCAUGAUCAACGCAUUCGCGUCCGUCUGCCCGGCGCAAGUUACCAUCGAGGGGCACGCCUUGACCGUCAUCGCCACAGACGGCGAACCCGUGCAUCCGGUGCAAGUCAACACCAUCAUCUCGUUCUCAGGAGAACGUUACGAUUUCGUCAUCACUGCCGACCAGCCGGUCGGUGCGUACUGGAUCCAGCUUCGUGGUCUCGGAGAGUGCGGAAUCAAGCGCGCCCAGCAGUUGGCUAUCCUUCGGUAUGCGCGUGGCCCCUAUCAGCCUGUCUCGCCACCUCCCACGUACGAUGUCGGACUGCCACAGGGCGUUGUCAUGAAUCCGCUCGAUGCUCAGUGCAACGUCCAGCGCGACGAUGCCAUCUGUGUGAGCCAGUUGAAAAACGCCAAGGAGAUUGACCGGGCACUGCUGCAGGAGAAACCAGACGUUAAGAUUUUUCUGCCGUUCCGCUUCUAUCUCUACCGCCCGGAGGAACUGUUCCAGCCGAACACCUACAACCGUUUCCUGGUCGCCCCAACCGGAGACCAUGUGAUUUCACUGAUCGACGAAAUCUCCUAUCUGUCCGCACCGGCCCCACUCCUGUCGCAGUUUGACGAUAUCAACCCGGAGCAAUUCUGUAACGGUGACAAUCGGCCUGCCGACUGUGGAGCAAACUGCAUGUGCACGCACAAGGUCGACAUCCCGCUGAACGCCAUCGUGGAGGUUGUGCUGGUCGAUGAAGUCCAACAACCGAACUUAAGUCAUCCGUUCCAUUUGCACGGUUACGCGUACAACGUGAUCGGUAUUGGUCGCUCGCCGGACUCCAACGUCAAGAAGAUCAACCUCAAGCACGCGCUCGACCUCGAUCGGCGUGGUCUGCUGCACCGACAGUAUAAUCUGCCACCUCUGAAGGAUACGAUCGCCGUCCCCAACAACGGCUACGUCGUACUGCGAUUCCGUGCCGACAAUCCAGGAUUCUGGCUGUUCCACUGUCACUUCCUGUUCCACAUCGUAAUAGGAAUGAACCUAAUCCUGCAGGUCGGCACUCUGGCCGAUCUGCCGCCUGUGCCACCGAACUUCCCAACCUGCGGCGAUCACUUGCCACCCGUCAACUGAGCGCUCGCUUCCCGAUGCCACUAGAGUAACCUCACUUUCCCAGCAUCUUUCCGCGCCCUCUGCUCGAAAAGAAGGCCCAAGUCAAGCCAUCUAACCCGAGCCGCAGAAGAAUGUUGGCGAAAGAUUCGAAACAGGAAAAAAGCUCAAUUGUUUAUUCGGGACCGUUACCCAGAGAAAAGGAGAGAGAGAGAGAGAGAUGUACUUUCGUCGCAAUAUUGGUUUUAUGUGUCCAGUCACUUACAUGUAUUUUUCGGAUUCUAUGUGCCAGAUUCGAAUCCGAGCACUGUAAGCACGGGAACGCGUUUUCAAUCGCCACUUAAAUACUCUUGCUAAGCUGCAGCAUACUCUAGGCCAAGGCCUGCGGUGUACGGCGCAGUUUUAUUGGAAAGGCGUUUAAACUUUUAAUUUUAUUACGUUUUUUGUUCAUUAGUGUGGCAUCAUGACUUUACAUACGAGUUUUUUUUAUUUUGUAAUUUAUAGCGCAAAGCUUACCGUAUUUAAGUAAAUUAAUUUGUAGGCUAGAGUAGAGCACCAGAUUGGCGAUCGGCAAUUUGCUAAUCUGUUAACCAACGGUAAAGGAGAACAACGAAGCCAACGAGCCACCAGGCACGAUUGAUACGAUUGCUACAUUCUGCGGUGAGCCGGCCACCGGCCACAAGCCACCCCAACUUUCCAUUCAAAUCAAACUUAUUCCCAGUCUUUUACGGAUGCGAUAUGAUCCUGGCAGCGGCAAGCCCUAGGCUGGAUAACAUACACGAACACACAAACACAUACAUUCACCAGCGUGCAUAAUGAUUAAAUAUUGAUCCCAUUUUCACGACAGAGAGCUGAAAAGAGCUCGGGCCGUUUGUGGCUCCCGUUGGACGCCAUAUGUAAAGGAUAACAUCAGUUUGAGUUUUGUUGCGUGAGCUCCAUGUAGCUUUUUUACAUCAUUCGUUCUUUUCUGAUACUGAUUUACAUUUUGUUUGUACAGUAGUCAAUUUAGUUUUUCUCUAUUCUUGCAUUCUUUGCUUCACAGGUUUUCGUUUAUUCUCAUUGUUUGCUCAUUUUUUGUUUGUUUUUAUUCUUUUUCAGCAGAACUGAGCUUAUCGACCAAGAAACGAAAACAUACAAUUAAAAGCAUAAAAUUAUUUUACUCCAACACUCACCUCAUUCACUGACAGACACCGUAACGCCCCACAAAUACCAAUAAGCCUUGCCUCAAAACGCUCCUGGCCUAUGGAUAGUUUGUAAAUAUUUGAUAAUACUCAGCGGUUCUGACCUAUAGAAAAAUACCGUAGCAGAUCCUGCCUUACUGCCUAACGUCAUCAUACACUGUUUUCUUAUAUUCUUCGCCUGUUUCGGAUUUCCUCAUCCUGUUCAGAAUGUUCAGCAUUCAUUGUAAAUACUCAAAGCAUCACGAUCAUCUCUUUCCCCGGGGACAGAGCGUAAUGCGCCAUCGACACACACAUUUUGCCGCUCCAUCAACCUCUAUCAUUUCACUGUGUAAUAUAAAUGAUCCACAUUGUGUGUACCUUACUUUUUCGCUUCAAACUCUAUAAUCAUUGUGUAAAAUCGGCAGCAAGCAUAAAAUACGUACGAAUAGUCGCGCGCAAGUCAAAAAUCAGAAUGAGAUUUACAAAUCAGCAUCGGAUUAGCAGCUCUUCUACAAUCCUCAACCCGCAUGCGGCGUUACCAUGUAUGAAACAUAUAAAUAAAUCUACGGUAAAUCGAAAGUUCAAACACAAUUCAAGCUAUUGUGCUAAAGUACGUUGUGUGAACCAGCUACGGAUAAAUCUGCCACUAUUAAAGAAAGUUUUUGUAGAAAAGUGUACAUAUCGGUGUGUCGCUGUGUAAAAUGGUUUUCUU